AUGCAGCUACACUGGAAGCGAUCCCGCAGCCGUGCUGUCUCCUCUCGGUCUUGGCUGCGCCGGCGAGCAGCAGCAAACAGCAGCAGCAGCAGCAGUAGCAGCAGCAGCAGCAGGUGGCGGUGGUCUCCCAGGCGGCCUCCAAAGAGACGAAGACAAAAUAAUGAGAGCAGAGAUAAAACAAAGAGAAGAAGGCUGCAACUCUCUAUCAAACGCAGCAGCAAGAAUAAACAAAGCAGCUCUGCUUCUGAAGGCGGCAGCAGCAGCAGCAGCAAGAAGCGCUUCUUAAGGAGACACCGCAAAACAAAUGAACAGCAAACAAAAAGAAGUCGCUUCAGAUUUACACGCCGCAGCAAAGACAAGCAGCAGCAGCAGCAGCAGCGGACUCUCUCUCAAAGGCUGUGGCGCAGCAAACGAAAGACGGAGAAUACACAGCAGCAGCAGCAGCAGCAGCAGCAGCAGAAGCGAACGAUAUCGAAGAAGCUGUGGCGCAGCAAAAGGAAAACAGAAAAUGCAGAGCAGCAGCAGCAGCUGCGAACGAUAUCAAUGAAGCUGUGGCGCAGCAAACGGAAGGAGAAUACAGAGCAGCAGCAGCAGCAGCAGCAGCAGCGGACUCUCUCUCAGAGGCUGUGGCGUAGCAAACGGAAGACAGAAAAUACAGAGCAGCAACAGCAGCAGCAGCAGCGAACGAUAUCAAGGAAGCUGUGGCGCAGCAAAAGAAAAACAGAGAAUACAGAGCAGCAGCAGCAGCAGCAGCAGCAGCAGCAGCAGCAGCAGCGAACGAUAUCAAGCAAGCUGUGGCGCAGCAAACGAAGAACAGAGAAUACAGAGCAGCAGCAGCAGCAGCAGCAGCAGCGGACUCUCUCUCAGAGGCUGUGGCGCAGUAAACGGAGGACGGGCAAUACACAGCAGCAGCAGGAGCAGCAGCAGGAGCAGCAGGAGCAGCAGCAGCAGCAGCGGGGGCUCCUCAGCAAGAGAUGGCGAAGCAGAAGCAGGCAGCAAACAACACAGCAGCAGCAACAGGAGGAGCAACAGCAGCAACAGAAACGACAGAAGGUCUUCAGUGGCAGCUGGCGUCUCAAGGCGAAGAAGCAGAAUGAACAGCAGCAGCAGCAGCAGCAACAUGAGGUCACAGAAAACAGCAGCAGCAGCAGCAAAACACGAACUCUCCUUCCUUUCAGCAGAUACAUGCCCACAAAGAGACAGCAGCAACCAACUGAAGGCGUGCAGCAGCAGCAGCAGCAGCAGCAGCAGCAGCAGGGAGACAAUGCUCACCAGCAGCAGCAACAGCAACAGCAAAAGAGCACCGGACGCCUUCUCCCCCUCAGCUGGAAGAGGGAGCAGCCGCAGCAGCAACUGCAGCAGCAGCAGCAGCAGCAGCAAUGGGAUGAAGCCAUUGCCCCGGUAGGAGAGACAGAAGCAGCAAUAUCCGCUUCUCCAGUGCAGCACCUCAGCAGCCAGAAGAACCCUCAACGUCAUGAGCAGCAGCAGCAGCAACAGCAGCAGCACGAGCUGCUGCUGCAGCAAGAAGUGCUGCACGACAUGCAGCUGUUACGUAAGGAGAUGGACCUGCAUCAGCAGCAAGAGCCAGAGUCGAAGCAGCAGCAGCAGCAGCAGGAUGAAGGGCAUCAGCAGCAGCAGCAGCAGCAGCAAGUGCAGCAGCAAGUGCAGCAGCAGCAGCAAUCCCGCGAGUACCGCUGGCGAGCAAAGAAAGAAGAGACAGAUAAACAGCUGAGGAGACAAAACGCACAGCGCCCUCAAACACAUCACUGGGUGAAGGGGCACUGGCAGCAGCAAACAGAGGAGCAGCAGGAAGAAGAACUGCAGCACGAACUGCAGCAGGAGCCACAGCAGGAACUGCAGCAGGAGCCGCAGCACGAACUGCAGCAGGAACUGCAGCAGCAGCAGCAGCAGCAGCAGGAAGAAAGGGCACAUAAGGAGACAAAAAGGAGACACCGCAUGGGGAGAAGGGGCGAACGAGAUAAACCAUCACAGGAGCAGCAGCAGCAGCAGCAGCAAGCUGAACAGCAGCAGCAGCAGCAGCAGCAUACGGGGAAAGACAGCCAUACACCUGGGAAGCAGCAUAUGGGCUCCCCACUUGAGCACUUGCAGCAAGAAGCAGCAGCAGCAGCAGACCCGCAGCAGCAGCAGCAGCAGCAACAGCUGCAGCAGCAAGAGGGAGAGGAGAUGUCGCUGUCCGAUCUGCUGCUGCCGCUGCAUGCAGCCGCAGCCCCUCUCCCUGCAGAGCAUUGCAACGAACAGCCGCCAGCAGCAGCAGCAACAACAGGAGAAGCAGCAGCAGCAACAGCAACAGGAGAAGCUGCAGCAGCUGCUGCUGCUACGCCGGCAACAGGAGAAGCAUCAGUAUUAGCAGCAGCAGCUGCUGCUACUGCUGCUGAAGCCGACUAUGCUGCUGCUCCCGCUGCUGCUGCUGCUGCUGUUGCAGAGCAGCAGCCCCCAGCAGCACAUGAGGAGACAGCAGAGAAGAGAGACAGAAAGAAGG